UACAGUGUUUUGCUUUUCUGUCUUAAGUCAUGUGACAAGUGAGCAAGAGGAGGCAGGUGAAGUUUUCUGUUGCUUCGCCUGCUCCUCUUCAUCAUGGAGGCUCGGUCACAUUUCUACCGACAAGAAAUCAACAGCACGAUGUGGGAAGUUCCGGAGAAAUACACGCGCCUCAAACAGGUCGGAACCGGGGCGUACGGAUCGGUUUGCUCAGCAAUAAUUGAGAAGACUAAAGAGAAAGUGGCCAUCAAGAAGCUCCACAGGCCCUUCCAGUCAGAAAUAUUUGCUAAGAGGGCUUAUCGAGAGCUCCGGUUACUCAAGCACAUGAAACAUGAGAAUGUGAUAGGACUUCUGGAUGUGUUUACACCUUCCUUAGGCUUUGAUGACUUCCAGGACUUCUAUCUGGUGAUGCCCUUCAUGUUUACUGACCUGUCGAAGGUGAGAGGUCAGCUCUCUGAAGACAAAGUCCAGUUUCUUGUCUAUCAGAUGCUCUGUGGACUCAGGUACAUCCAUAAGGCAGGAAUCAUCCACAGGGAUCUUAAGCCUGGAAACUUGGCUGUUAAUCAAGACUGCGAACUAAAGAUCCUGGACUUUGGGCUGGCUCGUAGUACCGACGCAGAGAUGACAGGCUACGUGGUGACCCGUUGGUACCGGGCGCCUGAGGUCAUUCUGAACUGGAUGCACUACACCCAGACUGUGGAUAUUUGGUCUGUAGGUUGCAUCAUGGCAGAAAUGAUCAACGGGAAAACCCUCUUCAAAGGAAAAGACUACAUGGACCAGCUGACUCAAAUCAUGAAAGUGACUGGAGUACCUGGACCAGAGUUUAUUCAGAAACUGGAAAGCCAAGAGGCUAAAACUUAUAUAAAGUCCCUUCCUCGUUACCCAAGAAAAGACUUCUCAACAUUGUUUCCUGUAGCCAGUGAAAGGGCCAUCGAGCUGCUUGAAAAGAUGUUGGUUCUGGACGGAGAUGAGAGGCCCACUGCUGAACUUGCUCUGGAGCACCCGUACUUUGACAGCUUACGGGACCCCGAUGACUUUCCUGAGCCUAAGCCUUAUGAUGACAGCUAUGACAAUGCAACACUGGCCCUGGAUGAGUGGAAACGGUUAUGUUUCAAAGAGGUAAAAAGCUUUGUGCCAUUCCCACGGAGAGACUCCAAGAGGAAAAACACUCUGACUAUGACUCCUUGAUCUGAUGAAUUCAAUCCACUUCCUGGCGGCCCAACUUUCACAGCAUACAGGCGACUGUGCCCUUGUUUAUUCCACACCCACACUAUUUCCUCCACUUUUGCUUUAUUUAGAUUUUUAAUCAAUGUUAAGAAUUGUGCUUUAUUUUAAAACUGCUCUCUUCUUUUUAUGUAUUGUGGAAUAAUUUCCUGAGUGUAGAUUGUUACACAUUCCCUUUCAGUGUUGCAAAGUAUUUGUCACUAAAAGCUAACAGGUUUCCUGUAGGGUUUACUGUAAAACAGGUUUACAAUUAAACAAUGUGAUACAA